CCUAGACACUCUCUCCAUAAUAGAGAGUGAUCUGGAGUCUUCAAUUCGGUAUCCUACAGCAAUACCACCAUUGACACAAUUCCUUGCUGUGUUACAUUUUUUGGCUACAGGCUCUUAUCAGCAUGUGGUUGGAGACCUGGCUGGCAUGUCGCAGGGCCAGUUCAGUAAGGUCCUGCGGCGUGUCUGCCAGGCUUUCCUAAAGCGUGUGAAGCAAUUUAUUGCUAUGCCUUUGGAUGUUGGUGCCCUAGAUGUGGUGAAGCGGCAAUUUGAGGAAGGUGGUAGUCGCUUCCCACAUGUUAUUGGGGUUGUGGAUGGCACACAUGUAGCUAUUCAGCCACCAAGACAUAAUGAAGAAAUUUUUAGAAACAGGAAACUGUUUCAUUCUCUGAAUGUAAUGGUUGUUUGUGGGCCAUCCCUCCAGAUCCUUUCCCUGAAUGCAAAGUUUCCCGGAAACUCCCAUGAUGCGUAUGUCAUUAGACAAUCAGGGAUAUGGCACAGAUUAAGAUCAAGUCAACGAGCAGACAUGUGGUUAUUGGGAGACCGUGGAUAUCCUUGCACCCCCUGGCUCAUGACUCCUUACCGUAAUCCCAGGCCAGGACCACAGACGGCAUUUAACUCCGCGCUUACUGCAACUAGGCAGCUGGUGGAGCGCACAAUUGGGGUCCUUAAAGGCCGGUUUCGUGUGCUCCACCGCACUGGUGGCGACAUCAUGUAUUCGCCGGAGAUGGCAAGUAAACUAGUGGUCCUGUGCGCUAUACUACACAACAUCGCGGUAAGGAGUAGCGUAGAGCUUCCUCAGACAGAGGAAUUGCCUGAUGAGGAGCCAGGGGUUGUCCGACACUUCGGUGGGGGGAGUGUUACACGGAGGGGGAGCGAAGUCAGGGCAAGCAUUGUUGCAGAAUAUUUCAGCUGAAUGAUCACACAAACUGUGG